GGCGACCACCCAACCAGCCACUCAGAGAGUUCACGCCGUGAAUUAGCUAGCGGCGGCAGCUCGGCAGCCACACGCACGCCCCUCUCUGCUCCCGCAAGGCUGCAGCCGGGUCCGUCGAUCUCCUCCGCCGCCGCCCCAACCACAGCGAAGAGGAGAAGGAAGAGAAGAUGCAGGGAGGCGGCGGCGUGAGCUGCGCGGUGGCCGGCGAGGGGCCGACGCCCGGGCCCCGGCGGCGUCUGGGCCUGACCAUCGACCCCGCGGGCGACGUGGAGGCCCCCGCGGAGCGCGUCGGGCGGCUGGUCCGCGAGAGCCCCGUGGUGAUCUUCGCCCGGCGCGGGUGCUGCAUGUGCCACGUGAUGCGCCGGCUGCUGGCUGCCGUGGGCGCGCACGCGACGGUGAUCGAGGUGGAGGAGGCCGCCGAGGAGGCCGCGGCGUCGGCGGCCGCCGCGGCCGCCGUGCCGGCGCUGUUCGUGGGCGGCGCGCCCGUGGGCGGGCUCGACGGGCUCAUGGGGCUCCACCUCAGCGGCCUCCUGGUCCCGCGCCUCCGUGAGGUCGGCGCGCUCUACGGCUAGGCCCCGGGCCGGGCCGGGCCGCGCGUCGCCGGCCGACGACCACGCCGGAGCCGCGGCGGGUCGCUUGCUUGGGUCUCUGUAGAUACACGGGUACGUUACGGGACGGAGCAAAAUGGACCGUGACGUUAGUAAGACGUCUUCGCCUGCUGUACACUUGGGGUGCUUUUGCUACGGGGCUGGCGGUGAGAGGGUUGGCUAAAGCUGAGGGUUUCCGUGAGAAAUGUCUGGGUCUAAAUGUAAUUAAUACGUUUUUCUUGUACAAGCGUCGUCAAUUUCGCCUCCC